GGGAAGAGGGAGCGCCCCUCCCCCGUAUCCCCCGCGCUCUGACCCCCUUCUCUCUCCCCCUCUCCCGGCCGCUUCGCCGAAGGUAGCGCCGAAUCGGGCGACCGGAGCCUGGGCGCGAAGCGAAGAAGCCGGAACAAAGUGAGGGGGAGCCGGCCGGCUGGCCCGGGGGCCCCAGGAGCCCUGGGGAAGCGGGACUCGCGCCGGGCGGGGCUUCCCUGCGACCCGGCGCCCCGCGGGCAGCAUGCCCCUGCGGGCAGGGGGAGCUGGGCUGAACUGGCCCUCCCGGGGGCUCAGCCUGCGCCCUAGAGCCCCCCAGAUGCGCCCCCGCCGGGGCCCCCCGGUGGCGUGAGGACACCUCCUCCGAGGGGCGCCGCUCGCCCCUCUCGAGACCGCCCGGGGCCCCGGCUGGCCAGAGGAUGGACGAGGAGGAUGGAGCGGGCACCGAGGAGUCAGGACAGCCCCGGAGCUUCACGCGGCUCAACGACCUGUCGGGGGCCGGGGGCCGGCCGGGGCCGGGGUCGGCGGAAAAGGACCCGGGCAGCGCGGACUCCGAGGCGGAGGGGCUGCCGUACCCGGCGCUGGCCCCGGUGGUUUUCUUCUACUUGAGCCAGGACAGCCGCCCGCGGAGCUGGUGUCUCCGCACGGUCUGUAACCCCUGGUUUGAGCGCAUCAGCAUGUUGGUCAUCCUUCUCAACUGUGUGACCCUGGGCAUGUUCCGGCCAUGUGAGGACAUCGCCUGUGACUCCCAGCGCUGCCGGAUCCUGCAGGCCUUUGAUGACUUCAUCUUUGCCUUCUUCGCGGUGGAGAUGGUGGUGAAGAUGGUGGCCUUGGGCAUCUUUGGGAAAAAGUGUUACCUGGGAGACACUUGGAACCGGCUUGACUUCUUCAUCGUCAUUGCAGGGAUGCUGGAGUAUUCGCUGGACCUGCAGAACGUCAGCUUCUCAGCUGUCAGGACAGUCCGUGUGCUGCGACCGCUCAGGGCCAUUAACCGGGUGCCCAGCAUGCGCAUCCUCGUCACGCUGCUGCUGGACACACUGCCCAUGCUGGGCAACGUCCUGCUGCUCUGCUUCUUCGUCUUCUUCAUCUUCGGCAUCGUUGGCGUCCAGCUGUGGGCAGGGCUGCUUCGUAACCGAUGCUUCCUGCCGGAGAAUUUCAGCCUCCCCCUGAGCGUGGACCUGGAGCGCUAUUACCAGACGGAGAAUGAGGACGAAAACCCCUUCAUCUGCUCCCAGCCGCGGGAGAAUGGCAUGCGCUCGUGCAGGAGUGUGCCCACGCUGCGCGGCGAGGGAGGCGGUGGCCCCCCCUGCGGCCUGGACUAUGAGGCGUAUAACAGCUCCAGCAACACCACCUGCGUCAACUGGAACCAGUACUACACCAACUGCUCCGCAGGGGAGCACAACCCCUUCAAGGGCGCCAUCAACUUCGACAACAUCGGCUAUGCCUGGAUUGCCAUCUUCCAGGUCAUCACACUGGAGGGCUGGGUCGACAUCAUGUACUUUGUGAUGGAUGCUCAUUCCUUCUACAAUUUCAUCUACUUCAUCCUCCUCAUCAUCGUGGGCUCCUUCUUCAUGAUCAACCUGUGCCUGGUGGUGAUCGCCACGCAGUUCUCAGAGACCAAGCAGCGAGAAAGCCAGCUGAUGCGGGAGCAGCGCGUGCGGUUCCUGUCCAAUGCGAGCACCCUGGCCAGCUUCUCCGAGCCAGGCAGCUGCUACGAGGAGCUGCUCAAGUACCUGGUGUACAUCCUCCGGAAGGCGGCCCGCAGGCUGGCCCAGGUCUCCCGGGCGGUGGGCGUGCGGGCUGGGCUGCUGAGCAGCCCAGUGCCCCGUGCAGGCCAGGAGCCCCAGCCUGGCGGGAGCUGCUCUCGCUCCCACCGCCGUCCAUCCGUCCACCACCUGGUGCAUCAUCACCACCAUCACCACCACCACUACCACCUGGGCAAUGGGACGCUGCGGGCCCCCCGGGCCAGCCCGGAAAUUCAGGACCGGGAUGCCAGUGGGUCCCGCCGGCUCAUGCUGCCACCGCCCUCGACGCCCGCCCUCUCGGGGGGCCCUCCGGGGGGCGCAGAGUCUGUGCACAGCUUCUACCAUGCCGACUGCCACCUGGAGCCAGUCCGCUGCCAGGCACCGCCUCCCAGGUCACCAUCUGAGGCAUCGGGCAGGACUGUGGGCAGCGGGAAGGUGUACCCCACUGUGCACACCAGCCCACCCCCGGAGAUGCUGAAGGAGAAAGCACUAGUGGAGGUGGCCCCCACCUCUGGACCGCCCACGCUCACCAGCCUCAACAUCCCGCCCGGGCCCUACAGCUCCAUGCACAAGCUGCUGGAGACACAGAGCACAGGCGCCUGCCAAAGCUCUUGCAAGAUCUCCAGCCCUUGCCUGAAGGCAGACAGUGGAGCCCGUGGCCCAGACAGCUGCCCCUACUGCGCCCGGGCAGGGGUAGGGCAGGGGGAGCUCGCCGGCCAUGAGAUGCCUGACUCAGACAGUGAGGCUGUGUAUGAGCUCACACAAGACGCCCAGCACGGUGAUCCCCGGGACCCCCACAACCGGCACCGACGGAGCCUGGGGCUGGACGUGGAGCCCAGCUCCGUGCUGGCCUUCUGGAGGCUGAUCUGUGACACUUUCCGGAAGAUUGUGGACAGCAAGUACUUUGGCCGGGGAAUCAUGAUUGCUAUCCUGGUCAACACACUCAGCAUGGGCAUCGAGUACCAUGAACAGCCCGAGGAGCUGACCAACGCUCUGGAAAUCAGCAACAUCGUCUUCACCAGCCUCUUUGCCCUGGAGAUGCUGCUGAAGCUGCUGGUGUAUGGUCCCUUUGGCUACAUCAAGAACCCCUACAACAUCUUCGACGGCGUCAUUGUUGUCAUCAGCGUGUGGGAGAUCGUGGGCCAGCAGGGGGGUGGCCUGUCGGUGCUGCGGACCUUCCGCCUGAUGCGGGUGCUGAAGCUGGUGCGCUUCCUGCCGGCACUGCAGCGGCAGCUCGUGGUGCUCAUGAAGACCAUGGACAACGUGGCCACCUUCUGCAUGCUGCUCAUGCUCUUCAUCUUCAUCUUCAGCAUCCUGGGCAUGCAUCUCUUUGGCUGCAAAUUUGCAUCAGAGCGGGACGGGGACACGCUGCCGGACCGGAAGAAUUUUGACUCCCUGCUCUGGGCCAUCGUCACCGUCUUUCAGAUCCUGACCCAGGAGGACUGGAACAAGGUGCUCUACAAUGGAAUGGCCUCCACGUCAUCCUGGGCUGCUCUUUAUUUCAUUGCCCUCAUGACCUUUGGCAACUAUGUGCUCUUUAAUCUGCUCGUCGCCAUUCUGGUGGAGGGCUUCCAGGCAGAGGAAAUCAGCAAACGGGAAGAUGCGAGUGGACAGUUAAGCUGUAUUCAGCUGCCUGUCGACUCCCAGGGGGGAGAUGCCACCAAGUCCGAAUCGGAGCCCGAUUUCUUCUCACCCAGCCUGGAAGGCAAUGGGGACAGGAAGAAGCCCUUGGCCUUGGUGUCCCUGGGGGAGCACCCGGAGCUGCGGAGGAACCUGCUGCCGCCUCUUAUCAUCCACACGGCCGCCACACCCAUGUCGCUCCCCAAGAGUUCCAGCACCGGCCUGGCCGAGGUGCUGGGCCCCGCCUCCCGCCGCACCAGCAGCAGCGGGUCUGCUGAGCCAGGGGCGGCCCAUGAGAUGAAGUCACCGCCGAGCGCCCGCAGCUCUCCACACAGCCCCUGGAGCGCAGCAAGCAGCUGGGCCAGCAGGCGCUCCAGCCGGAACAGCCUGGGCCGUGCCCCCAGCCUGAAGCGGAGGAGCCCGAGUGGGGAGCGGCGGUCCCUGUUGUCGGGCGAGGGCCAAGAGAGCCAGGACGAGGAGGAGAGCUCUGAAGAGGAGAGGGCCAGCCCGGCGGGCGGCGACCGGCGCCACGGGGGCUCCCUGGAGCCGGAGGCCAAGAACUCCUUCGACCUGCCAGACACGCUGCAGGUGCCUGCACUGCACCGCACGGCCAGCGGCCGCAGCUCAGCCUCCGAGCACCAGGACUGCAACGGCAAGUCGGCCUCGGGGCGCCUGGCCCGGGCCCUGCGGCCCGACGACCCCCCGCUGGAUGGGGACGAUGCCGAUGACGAGGGCAACCUGAGCAGAGGGGAGCGGAUGAGAGCGUGGGUCCGAGCCCGGCUGCCUGCCUGUUGCCGCGAGCGAGACUCCUGGUCCGCGUACAUCUUCCCUCCUCAGUCAAGGUUCCGCCUCCUAUGUCACCGAAUCAUCACCCACAAGAUGUUCGACCAUGUGGUCCUUGUCAUCAUCUUCCUCAACUGCAUCACCAUCGCCAUGGAGCGUCCCAAGAUCGACCCCCACAGUGCUGAACGCAUCUUCCUGACCCUCUCCAAUUACAUCUUUACCGCAGUCUUUCUGGCAGAGAUGACCGUGAAGGUGGUAGCGCUGGGCUGGUGCUUCGGGGAGCAGGCGUACCUGCGUAGCAGCUGGAACGUUCUCGACGGGCUGCUGGUGCUCAUCUCCAUCAUCGACAUCCUGGUGUCCAUGGUCUCCGACAGCGGCACCAAGAUCCUGGGCAUGUUGAGGGUGCUGCGGCUACUGCGGACGCUGCGCCCACUCAGGGUCAUUAGCCGGGCCCAGGGGCUGAAGCUGGUAGUGGAAACGCUGAUGUCCUCGCUGAAACCCAUCGGCAACAUCGUGGUCAUCUGUUGUGCCUUCUUCAUCAUUUUUGGCAUCCUGGGGGUGCAGCUCUUCAAAGGCAAGUUCUUCGUAUGCCAAGGCGAGGACACUAGGAACAUCACCAACAAGUCUGACUGUGCCGAGGCCAGUUACCGGUGGGUCCGGCACAAGUACAACUUUGACAACCUCGGCCAGGCCCUGAUGUCCCUGUUCGUGCUGGCCUCCAAGGAUGGCUGGGUGGACAUCAUGUACGACGGGCUGGAUGCUGUGGGUGUGGACCAACAGCCCAUCAUGAACCACAACCCCUGGAUGCUGCUGUACUUCAUCUCGUUCCUGCUCAUUGUGGCCUUCUUUGUCCUGAACAUGUUUGUGGGCGUGGUGGUGGAGAACUUCCACAAGUGUCGGCAGCACCAGGAGGAGGAGGAGGCCCGGCGGCGGGAGGAGAAGCGUCUACGGAGACUGGAAAAAAAGAGAAGGAAUCUAAUGCUGGACGAUGUAAUUGCUUCCGGCAGCUCAUCCAGCGCGGCGCCAGAGGCCCAGUGCAAGCCCUACUACUCAGACUACUCCCGCUUCCGGCUCCUCGUCCACCACUUGUGUACCAGCCAUUAUCUGGACCUCUUCAUCACGGGUGUCAUUGGGCUGAAUGUGGUCACCAUGGCCAUGGAGCACUACCAGCAGCCCCAGAUCCUGGAUGAGGCCUUGAAGAUCUGCAACUACAUCUUCACCGUCAUCUUUGUCUUGGAGUCAGUUUUUAAACUCGUGGCCUUUGGCUUCCGUCGGUUCUUCCAGGACAGGUGGAACCAGCUGGACUUGGCCAUCGUGCUGCUGUCCAUCAUGGGCAUCACACUGGAGGAGAUCGAGGUCAAUGCCUCGCUGCCCAUCAACCCCACCAUCAUCCGCAUCAUGAGGGUGCUGCGCAUUGCCCGAGUGCUAAAGCUACUGAAGAUGGCUGUGGGCAUGCGGGCGCUGCUGGACACGGUCAUGCAGGCCCUGCCCCAGGUGGGGAACCUGGGACUUCUCUUCAUGUUGUUGUUUUUCAUCUUUGCAGCUCUGGGUGUGGAACUCUUUGGAGACCUGGAGUGUGACGAGACGCACCCCUGCGAGGGCCUGGGCCGGCAUGCCACCUUUCGGAACUUUGGCAUGGCCUUCCUGACCCUCUUCCGAGUCUCCACGGGUGACAACUGGAACGGCAUCAUGAAGGACACCCUCCGGGACUGUGACCAGGAAUCCACCUGCUACAAUACGGUCAUCUCCCCCAUCUACUUCGUGUCCUUCGUGCUGACGGCCCAGUUUGUGCUGGUCAACGUGGUGAUCGCCGUGCUGAUGAAGCAUUUGGAGGAAAGCAACAAGGAGGCCAAAGAGGAGGCUGAGCUGGAGGCUGAGCUGGAGCUGGAGAUGAAGACGCUCAGCCCACAGCCCCACUCGCCGCUGGGCAGCCCCUUCCUCUGGCCGGGGGUCGAGGGCCCCGACAGCCCUGACAGCCCCAAGCCUGGGGUCCCGCACACUGCGGCCCAUGCUGGAGCGGCCUCACGCUUCUCCCUGGAGCACCCCACGAUCCCUCUAGCUGAGAUGGAGGCUCUGUCUCUGACGUCAGAGAUUGUGUCUGAACCAUCCUGCUCUCUAGCUCUGACGGAUGACUCUUUGCCUGAUGACACUCACACACUCUUACUUAGUGCCCUGGAGAGCAAUAUGGAGCCCCACCCCGAGGAGAUGCCCCUGGCAUUGGGACCAGACCUGCUGACAGUACGGAAGUCUGGGGUCAGCCGGACGCACUCCCUACCCAAUGACAGCUACAUGUGCCGGGAUGGAAGCAGCGCUGAGGGGUCCCUAGGUUGCAGAAGCUGGGGGCUCCCCAAAGCUAAGUCAGGCUCUGUCUUGUCCGUCCACUCCCAGCCAGCAGACACCAGCUACAUCCUGCAGCUUCCCAAAGACACACCCCACCUGCUCCGGCCCCACGGUGCGCCCCCCUGGGGCACCAUCCCCAAACUGCCCCCACCAGGCCGCUCCCCUUUGGCUCAGAGACCCCUCAGGCGCCAGGCAGCAAUAAGGACUGAUUCCCUGGACGUGCAGGGCCUGGGCAGCCGGGAAGACCUGCUGUCCGAGGUGAGUGGGCCCUCCCCGCCUCUGGUCCGCGCCUCCUCCUUCUGGGGCCACCUGGGCACCCAGGUGCAGCAGCAUCCCCGCCGUCAGAGCACGAUCUCGAAGCACAGGCCCCCGCCGGCCCCCUGCCCAGGCUCAGAACCCACUUGGAGCAAAGGCCCCCCAGAGACCAGAAGCAGCUUAGAGCUGGACACGGAGCUGAGCUGGAUUUCAGGAGACCUCCUGACCGUGGGCAGCCAGGAGGUGCCCCCGUGCGCACGGGACUUGAAGAAGUGUUACAGCGUGGAGGCCCGGAGCUGCCAGCGCAGGCCUGCGUCCUGGCUGGAUGAGCAGAGAAGGCACUCCAUUGCGGUCAGCUGCCUGGACAGCGCCUCCCAACCCGGCCUGGGCCCUGACCCCUCUAGCCUUGGGGGCCAGCCUCUUGGGGGGCCUGGAAGCCGGCCCAAGAAAAAACUCAGCCCACCUAGUAUCUCCAUAGACCCCCCAGAGAGUCAGGGCCCUCGGCCCCCGCCCAGCCCCGGCGUCUGCCUCCGGCGGAGGGCUCCGUCCAGCGACUCCAAGGAUCCCUCGGCCUCCGGCCCCCCUGACAGCAUGGCUGCCUCGCCCCCCCCAAAGAAAGACGUGCUGAGUCUCUCCGGUUUAGCCUCUGACCCAGCCGACCUGGAGCCCUGAGUCCUGCCCCACUCCCCCACUCACCUUUCUCCACUGGGUGCCAAAUCCUAGCUCCUCCUCCUGGGCUAUGCUCCUGAAAAAUGUUCCAUAUGGACUCCAAGGAGGCGCUCCUCCCCGCCUCAGUGGCGCUGGGAACCGACAAGCAGAAUUUCCAGAACGCUCAGAGCAGCGGCCCUGGCCACCCUGGGCCCAGGCAGAGAGAGAGAGGCCCAGUGCAGCUGAGGUUCCCAACACCAGGAGCUACUGGGAGAAAGCAAUACGUUUGUGCAGAAUCUCUAUGUAUAUUCUAUUUUAUUAAAUUAAUUGAAUCUAGUAUAUGCGGGAUGUACGACAUUUUGUGACUGAAGAGACUUGUUUCCUUCUACUUGUAUGUGUCUCAGAAUAUUUUUGAGGCGAAGGCGUCUGUCUCUUGGCUAUUUUAACCUAAAAUAACCAGUCUAGUUAUAUUCCCUCUUCUUGCAAAGCACAAGCUGGGACCGAGAGUGCAUUUCAGCCCUGCCGGUGGCCCAUCUUCAGCGGAGAGUGAGAACCACUUUGGAAACUGUAAUGUAACUUAUUUUCUCCUUUAACCUCGCCAUCAUUUUCUGUAGGAAAAAAAAAGAGAAAAAGAGAAAAAUAAGA